CGACUUGCCUCUUGGCCCAAAUUGUCCUGACCUGGUAGAAAACAAGCAUGGCUGUGCCUCGUGUGAAACUCCCCGGUACUGAUCUUGAAGUAUCCAGAGUUUGUCUUGGAUGCUGGCAAUUUAACAGCAACAAAGACACCAUCAACUGGGAUGCACAACCCAUCGAGCAAUCCUGUGCCAUUGUAGACAAAUGCUUGGAGAUUGGAGUGAAUUUCUUUGAUACAGCAGAGGGCUAUGCUGGAUCAGAGGAGGUUUUGGGAAAGGCUUUGGCUGGGAAAAGGGACCAGGCAGUAGUUGCUACAAAGUUUGGCUUCAGAGAGGGACCUUCAACACCUGCUUAUAGUCCCCAACAGAUUGAUGAAGCUGUGUCCAAGAGUCUGCGCAAACUGGAGAUGAAUUAUGUUGAUCUUCUUCAGGUGCAUUUCCCCAGUUUCCUGUGUGACUUUGAUGAGUCCAUCAAAGAGCUUGAUAGACAGAUAGCCCUUGGAAGAAUCCGUCACUAUGGUGUUUCAAACUUUGGACCUAAAAAUAUCAAAGCUUUCUCAGAUGCUGGAGCCAAAAUUGUUUCCAACCAGAUGGGGUACAAUUUGCUGUGGAGGUCAUCCGAGUUUGAUGUGAUACCAGAGUGUAAGAAGAGAAACAUUGGAAUCCUCGCCUACUCCCCCCUCCAACAGGGCCUUCUUAGUGGCAGAUUUACUUCUACAGAAGAUGUUCCUGAGGGAAGAAAGAGGGGAAAGCUGUUUUCCCCAGAAAGCUGUAAAUCUGCCAGACAUGGACAACCAGGAGCUGAGAAGGAAGUGUUCGAGGCAUUGCCAAAAUUACAAGCAAUUUGUAAGAACGCUGGUGUUAGUAUGGCACAGGCCUCACUGGCCUGGGUGUUACAACAGGACAACUGCCCAGUGGUCAUUGUCGGGGCUAGGACUCCGGAACAGAUGGUGGAAAAUAGCCAAGUCAUAACAUUGCCAGAUUCUGUUGUCAAGGAGAUGUCAGAUGCAACGGAUCCUAUCAAACAGAAGAUCGGCCGAGUGUUGGACCAAUGGGCUCACCCUGACCGCUGUGAAUAGAAACUCUCAUGCUUAAAUAUUAUCGUGCUAUAUGAAUUCUUAGGAAUUCUUAAUGUGGAAAUAGAUUUUGGAGAGAUCUUUGCAUUUAAAUGCCAUGAAGAUAUUUGUUCUGGUCAGUCAAAUAAAAAAAUGAAAUGUAAGUGUAGUUAUAGCGGAAUAAAUGAAAAAAAGUGAUUUGAAUCGAUCAAUUGAUUUUGAAAUGAAUAGAAUCAUGCAUUAAAGUACAGAAAUACAGCCACUGAUCUGUGACGGAUGUCAAAUUAGAAUCGAUUUCUACUGCUAUCCAUCAAGUUAUUUCACUGUCAUACCAAUUAUGUAUAAAGAUUCUAGUCUCAAACCAUUCCAAGUUGUGCCACUUUCUAUGAAAGAAGCAGAUUAACUGUGUGUGGAUUGCAAUUUAAAUUUGGAAAAGUGAGCUUUGAAAAUUAAACCAAUGUGGAAAAAAUUAUGUUUAAGACCAAUACAUGUUAUGUCAUCUCUACAAGUUACACAGAUGUCUGGGAAAUAUUUGUAGAAAAACAUUAACACGUAAACAUUAAAUUAAAUACUUUUGUUAAGAAAUACUGGUAUGCUCCAGGUUUUUAGUAAGUCAUAUAACUUUAAACAAUCAUUUUUAUCAUGCCUGUGAAGAAGAGUUACAGAAGCGAGAUUAUGGUGUAAAUCCGCUGGCAACAGUGUGUGAUUAACAUUUUACUUUAAAGUUUUGGGUUUAGAUCCCUUUCUCAAAAAGUUUAAAUCCAAACUUUUAUCAUACUUCAUUCAUAGCUGGAUCAUACAGUACAUUUAUAUGUACAAAAUAUCCAAGUUCUAUGGUCUCAUCAGCUCUGAAAAGUAUGGAUGCUGGAAGCUGGACUUGCAUUACAUUUAACUUUUGUGCUUAGUACAAUUUUUCAAGGUCGGCUGAAAGUCCCAUGGUGCUUUUUCAAAAUCAUUAAUUUCAUAACCUCCAUUUUCAAAGGGAUUUUGAAUUAGGUUCCAAGAAGGAAAAUAACACUUUGUGGUAUAUUUUGUAUAUUGUCGACCAGAAAUAACUCCAUCGUGGUUAGAAUAAUAUGCAAUUUCAGUCAAGCAAAUCAAGAUGAGGAACAUGACCCUAUGGGCCUCUUUGUUUUGUGUAUUUUAUAAUGGUUGUAUGGCUGAUGGCAAAACUUUCAAAGCUUUAACGAAUGAUUAAGAAUGAACCAAUAAUGAAUAUGUUUACAUGUACAUAUGCAGGCAAAUUAUGGUGUUUUUCUUUACUUACGGAGAUAAAAUUCAUCAGCCCUGUUAUGACUGCCUAAUAAUAAAUGCUAUAUUGUUACUGUAAUUUGAUAAAGAAGAAUUGUUAAUUAAUCUGAAAUUUUAUAAUUUUAUUUCACAUUGUGAGGGUGAUUUAAAAGGACUGAUAGGAAAAUUCAAAAAUAUCUUUUAUUAACAUUAAAUCUGAGUCAACACAUGUGUAAUAAUUUCCUAUUUUGUCUUGGUAAUUUGGUUUGGAUAAUUUGUUAUUGAUUAUAAUGCAAUUAAAAUUAUCAGAAUUUGUUAA